AUAAAUUCAGUCCUAUAUAAAAACGCUCGCAUUUCGUUGUCCUGCUUCAGUAGGCAGUAGCUGUUACUCUCAACUGUUGUUUCCACUCUCUUUUCUCCAGAUCUGAUCUCCAAAGGCAUUUUCAGGCUCUUUACUUUGUGCUGUUUGUCUCUUCCCUGUUCUAGUAAGUUAGAAAAGAUGGGUCGUGGAGUUGGCAGUGGUGGUGGGCAGAGCUCAUUGGGCUAUCUGUUUGGGAGUGGAGAAGCUCCGAAACCAGUGACAAACAACUCCCAAGCCGCUCCGGUCGAAGCACCAGCUGUCCUUAAACCUGCCUCUGCUCCUGAAUCAGUAGAUGUCACCAAGCAAGUUCCUGCUGGUAUUAAUAACAGUUCUUCCACAAACAAUUACAUGCGUUCUGAUGGUCAGAACACUGGCAAUUUCAUUACGGGUCGACCUUCCACCAAGGUUCAUUCUGCCCCUGGAGGCGGAUCUUCUCUGGACUACCUUUUCGGUGGGGUGCACGGAGGUAGUAAAUGAAGAUUGUGCCUUGAUAAUGGGAGUAUUGUUUGUUGAUUUGUCAUAUAAUGUUCGAACAUAAAUUGUGCCUUUGGACAAAAGUUUGGUCUUUUAUGCAGUUAAUCACAUUUCGAUUUAAUA